GACCUCCUCCAUCUGCAGAGCCAGGACCUGGGGAGGAGACGCCAUGACCCCCACCCUCACGGCCCUGCUCUGCCUUGGGCUGAGUCUGGGCCCCAGGACCCGAGGGCAGCAAGGGACCCUCCCCAAACCCACCUUGUGGGCUGAGCCAGGAUCUGUGAUCACCUUGGGGAGGCCAGUGACCCUCUGGUGUGAGGGAACCCUGAAGUCCAAGGUGUACCGUCUGAAGAAAGAUGGAAGACCAGUGCCCUGGGGCACAAAGAUCCCACAGAAGACCAGGAACAAGGCCAAGUUCCCCAUCCCAACCAUGACACAGCACCAUGCAGGGCGAUAUCAAUGCCACUAUCACAGCCCUGCUGGCUGGUCAGAGUGCAGUGACCCCCUGGAGCUCCAGGUCUCAGGGCUGUCCAGGAAGCCCUCCCUCCUGACCCAGCACAGCCCAGUCCUGGACCCUGGAGAGAAUGUGACCCUCCAGUGUCACUCAGACAGUGGCUAUGACAGAUUUGCUCUGUCCAAGGAGGGCGGACAGGACCUCCCACAGCUCCCUGGCCAGCAGCUCCAGGCUGGGCUGUCUCAGGCCACCUUCCUUCUGGGCCCUGUGAGAGGCUCCCAUGGGGGUCGGUACAGAUGCUACGGUGGACACAGGCUCUCCUCUGAGUGGUCAGCCCCCAGUGACCCCCUGGACAUCCUGGUCACAGGACAGCUCCCUGCCACACCCUCCCUCUCAGUGCAGCCGGGUCCCACAGUGUCCUCAGGAGAGAACGUGACCCUGCUGUGUCAAUCAAGGAUCCAGUGGGACACCUUCCUUCUGGUCAAGGAGGGGGCAGCUGAUCCCCCCUGCGUCUGAGACCAGAGUCCAGAGCUCCAGGGUUCCAGGCAGAAUUCUCCAUGAGAGCUGUGACCUCAGCCCUGGCGGGGACCUACAGGUGCUAUGGGUCUCAAAGCUCAUCCCCCUACCUGCUGUCAUGGCCCAGUGCCCCCGUGGUCCUGGUGG